CCGCCGCGGCUUGAUAAGGAGAGCCGCCGAGCGGCGCGUGGCGUCUGCGGUGCGUUGCGCUGCCGUCGGCUGCUACUUUGCCUGCCGCAUAAACCGCUCUUGAACCCGGAGCCGGCCCCGCAUAUAACGCUCCAUCUUCAUUUUUAUUUUUAUUUUAAUCUUAUUUUUCUCUUCCUUUCCCCCCACCCUUCGCCCGCAGUAGGGUUGGGCUCAGCCAUGUUCAGCUGGGUAAGCCGCGACGCGCGGCGGCGCAAGGAACCCGAGCUGUUCCGCACCGUCUCGGAGGGUCUGAAGCAACUGUACGCCGGCAAGCUGCUGCCGCUGGAGGAGCACUACCGCUUCCACGACUUCCACUCGCCGGCGCUGGAGCCCGCCGACUGGGAGAGCAAGCCCAUGGUGCUGCUGGUGGGCCAGUACAGCACGGGCAAGACCACCUUCAUCCGCCACCUGCUGGAGCAGGACUUCCCCGGCAUGCGCAUCGGGCCCGAGCCCACCACGGACUCCUUCAUCGCCGUCAUGGGCGGCGAGAGCGAGGGCGUCAUCCCGGGCAACGCGCUGGUCGUCGACCCCCGGCGCCCCUUCCGCAAGCUCAACGCCUUCGGCAACGCCUUUCUCAACAGGUUCAUGUGUGCCCAGCUGCCCAACCCAGUCCUGGACAGCAUCAGCAUAAUUGACACCCCUGGAAUCCUGUCUGGAGAGAAGCAGCGGAUAAGCAGAGGCUACGACUUUGCGGCAGUCCUGGAGUGGUUUGCAGAGCGGGUGGACCGCAUCAUCCUCCUCUUUGACGCCCACAAGCUGGACAUCUCGGACGAGUUCUCCGAGGUGAUCAAGGCCCUGAAGAACCACGAGGACAAGAUCCGGGUGGUGCUGAACAAGGCGGACCAGAUUGAGACGCAGCAGCUGAUGCGGGUCUACGGUGCCCUCAUGUGGUCGCUGGGCAAGAUCAUCAACACGCCCGAGGUGGUGCGUGUCUACAUUGGCUCCUUCUGGUCCCACCCGCUCCUCAUCCCGGACAACCGGAAGCUCUUCGAGGCAGAGGAGCAAGACCUCUUCAAGGACAUCCAGUCCCUCCCGCGAAACGCCGCCUUAAGAAAGCUCAACGACCUCAUCAAGCGGGCCAGGCUGGCCAAGGUCCAUGCCUACAUCAUCAGCUCCUUGAAGAAGGAGAUGCCCAACGUCUUCGGGAAAGAGAGCAAGAAGAAGGAGCUGGUGAGCAACCUGGGGGAGAUCUACCUGAAGAUCGAGAGGGAGCACCAGAUCUCGCCGGGGGAUUUCCCCAACCUCAGGAAAAUGCAGGAGCAGCUGCUUACGCAGGACUUCAGCAAGUUCCAGCCGCUGAAGUUGAAGCUGCUGGACACGGUGGACGACAUGCUGGCCAACGACAUCGCUCGCCUGAUGGUGAUGGUGCGGCAGGAGGAGGCUCAGAUGCCCACGCAGGUUGUGAAGGGCGGGGCCUUCGAGGGCACCAUGAACGGGCCCUUCGGCCACGGCUACGGCGAGGGGGCGGGCGAGGGCAUCGACGACCUGGAGUGGGUGGUGAGCAAGGACAAGCCCACGUACGACGAGAUCUUCUACACCCUCUCGCCCGUCAACGGCAAGAUCACGGGCGCCAGCGCCAAGAAAGAGAUGGUCAAGUCCAAGCUGCCCAACACCGUCCUGGGCAAGAUCUGGAAGCUGGCGGACGUGGACAAGGACGGGCUGCUGGACGACGAGGAGUUUGCCCUUGCCAACCACCUCAUCAAGGUCAAGCUGGAGGGGCACGAGCUGCCCGCCGAACUGCCCUCCCACCUGGUGCCGCCCUCCAAGCGCAGGCACGAAUGAUGCCACCUCCCUGUCGAGCGGGAGGGCCCCCCCGCCUCUUGACUCUGCCCAGCCUUUGGGUGGGCCGCCUGCCAUCAGGAACUCGACUUUGAACUCCCCCGCCCCACGAGAACAAAAGACGCCACCCCAAACCCACAGAUGAUUUCGUUUUAUAAAGAAAUGUUUUAAUACAUCUGCUAUCUUUGAGGCAGUCGUCUUGUGUGGUGCUGGGGAGGAAUCUCCUGUCGGUAACAUCUUCUCUAGGCGAGAGCCCGCAAGGGUGGGUGCCAGGUGUGGUGCCAGUCCCAGCACCUGUCUGUCGAGGGGCUCACCUGGGCUGAGGCCCACACCUUGGAGCUUUUCACUCUGGCAGGUGAUUUUCCCGGUCGACGCUCGAGAGGGUGUCUGUAAGUUCCUCGCACCCAGUGGUGUUCGGGUCCUGGUUCAGGGCCUCUGGAUCGUUGUGGGGCCAGCCCCCACUUCUUGGGUGACGCCACCCAGCCUUGGCAACCUUAGGGUGACCUCCUCACUGCCCCCCCCACGCCAUCACAGUCACUUUCUGGGAACAUGCACCACCACCUGUUUUGACACCUCAGACUGACGCAUCACUUCCUGCUUUGCCUAAGAGGUGGUGGUUGUUUUUUUGACAUCACUUCCCCCUCCACCCACCAACCCUGUGCCUUUACAAAGUGGUGCUAUAAUGGGAUUUAAUGGGACCAGCUGCUCACAUCCCGGUGGCAAAGGGUUAACGCUCCCCUUCCCCCCCACCCCCCACGCCAUGCAGGCACUGGGCAAGAAAUUGAUAGGGAGGUGAUGGGGGUGGCAUUGAGUAGAAAGGGGGGGCGGGUUCUCCAUAUUGCACUGAUUUUCUGGCAGGGGUGGGCUCCACAGUGGGCGUGGAGGUCUCCAGGCAUGAGCUAGACCCUGCAGUCUGUUUGGCUCAGAAAAUCCAGGACUUGUGCAUGGGAAAGGAUUUGAAGAUUUUAAGGUUGUACGUUGUGUCUGAAGAGAAGGGAGGUUUAUGAUGGUCUUUGUUACCCUCCAGGCCUGCCAAGGAUGGAAGGAGAUAUAGUUGGGGGUUGGCAUUACAGCCUCCCCCCACCCCCACCCCCAAAAUGACUUCAACCUCUCUGUGUGUGUUUGGGUCGGAGGGAUAAAUGAUUUCGCCCACCUAGCCCUCUGCCAGAAGGUUGAAGGAAGAUGGGCCAGUAUCUUAACCCUGUAGAUGGAACAUGAUUGGCUGAGUCUGCCCAGAGCUGCUUAUUGGGAUUAGAUCCUGCUAAGACCUCGGAGGGGGAUCAAAAGUGCAGCUCGGUGUCAGAAGCAGAGGGAGCUGUUGAAUGUUCCACCUGCAUCCCUUGCAUUAAAGUUGAUUUUUGGAGA